AUGUCAGGAGGCUUCCACGCUCUCAACAUCGAAUAUGAUGACGAGUCGGACACGGAGGUCGACGACACGAAAGAAAUCCAGAUCGAGGAGGCGCUUCGACUCUAUCAGGUUGCGCUGAAUCUUCAUGCAGAGGGUGUGGCUUCCUACGACCAGGCUGCCAAAGCGUAUCGCGAAUUGUUCGAAUCCGAGAUCUUCAAAUAUCCCGAAUCGCAAACAGAACUCCAGCGUAUCGAGCUGUAUGGACCUACGCCUGAAUAUGAACUACCACUCGAUGGGCCUGUUCCCGGACGUGUAACAGCAAAUAAUAGCUUCGACACUGGACCCAGCACCCUACCUCAGAUCCUGCACCUGGCGCAUAAGAACUAUGCGCAAUUCAAACUGGACUCCUUGUCUGCUAGAUUCGAUUCCUUCAAAGUUACGCUCAACCAGAUACUAGUUGAUGCCAGAAGCGCACUUACACAUUUUGUGAAUUCACUGGAUAAGGAUGACACGGAUUUGGACUUGUGGCGUCGCACCGCCUCUGUUGGCCAAAUUCUUGACAGUAAGCGCGUGGCCCGCUUCUGCCUGGAGUCCGUUCUGGAGACCGAUGACGAGGCUCUUGGUAGCGUGCUGUCGUCUCCAGGGCUUGAAACAGGAUUCGCCGCGGAGCAGUUGCGAGAGCUUGUUGGACAGCUGCAGGAUCAGCUGUCCAUCUUGCAGGCUCCAUUGUCGGUGAGCAAACGUCGAGCCUUGUCACAAAUCCUCAAACAGAAGUUACACCCUUAUAGUAAAGUAAUCCGAGUGAGUGAUACACUGCGACAACAGGAUGGCCGCAUCAUUAAGCUUGCCGAGAAGGAGCGACGUCUCUUACCUGCGCCUCGGACCUGGGCAGAGUUAGGAGACGUGCUGCUUCGACAGCAAAUGGAAGAAAAGCAAGAAACGUCCUCUACGGGGCCUAGCAGCGCCAUCGCUUUCGACGUGGUUGGCGCGCAAGCAUUACCUCAACCACCAUCUCAACAGGUACCAGAGCGACCUAGUAGCCCCAGGGUCAUUAUACCUAGGGUCAGGCUGCUCAAGCAAACUGUCUAUCCAGAGACACUGGCACAGCAGUUUCCUGGCAUGGGGGACGGGCGACCUACCGUUCAGCCUCAGAUUGCGUCAGCAGACCCGAGUAUGGAUCCGCCCAGUCCUAGUCCUAUAGAAGCUGAGUUGGUGCAUUCGCCGACUGUAGCCCUGCCUUCGCGAAAAAGAUCUGGUGAUGUUGCGGGCAUACAGGAUACGGAGGAAGGAAGAACAAAGAGUAAGCGUAUCCGUGCACGAGACUCCACCGUGGACUUAGCUGGAGAUCGCCAGGCAGUCGACGAUGCCAAUGAACGUUGGGAAAAAGAACAGAAGCUCCUGGAAAUCCAGGCAGCCGAUGACUGGAUGUUUGAGACUGUGGGGAACUUCUUCGAGCGCAUUGGAAUUGUCGGGUUUGAUGCAUCCCGACAUGUACGACAGGAAAUGCAGUCCACGAACGGGGAAGACCACCAGCUGCCUCAUAGUCCACAACAUGCUACAGUCGCCCUGCGUCACGCGCGAGAUGACAUACAAGGCCUCAUGGAUCAAUGGAAUGAAUCAAAGGCCCAAUUGCUGUUACACGGUGGUGAAAACCUCGACAUCAGUCAAAGCCAGAAUCUUCUCAGCACUGCAAACAUUCUCGACAGUGGUAGCAUCUCCAAAACGCUGACGAAAGUCGACGCUUUGCCGAACGAACAGUUGCAGCACUUACUCGACGCAGUAAACUCGUCAUGGUCUGAUGCAGCAGAUGUUGCCUGGAUGUUUAUCGAAGCUCUGCUACGACCGGGAAUGUUCUCCGAUCACGAAAACAGCUAUACGAGAUAUCAAUGGCCAGAGCCAGUUAAAAUGGUGGCGGUGCGAAUCCUCGUUAAUUUCGACGAAACCCUGUUCGAGCGAGCGACUCUCGAGCUCCGACGAUGUCAGAACAACGUGGAUUCCUCUGCCGCGUCAGUUCCCCAUGACAUGCCGGAGCUCAUUCAGUCUAUCUUUGAGCUCCACCUUGAUGUGUACUCUCUGAUCAAACAGUCUGAUAGUGGUGUUGGCCGAGACACCAUCAUUACACAGGGUGAUCGCCUGCAACGUUGGUCAGAUUUGUCAAGAGAAGCGAUGAUUAUACAGAGCAACACCCCCGACUUUGCUGCUGUCAAAGACAACCUCAGCGUUCGGUUUCUGUGGGCUUCUACAUUCGCCAUCAGCGCUUCGGCAGAUGUGACACAGGAACAUGCAAUCGAGUGCAUGCAUGAUCUGAGGAGACUGCUCAUUGCAGCUGACGAACCUGUCAUCCAACUUCAGAAUAAUGCAAUCAUGCCUGAAGUUUCCGUCGAUGCUUUGGAUCGUGAGCUGUCGAAGCUGACUACUAAAGACUUCUUCUUGCGGGUCACUAGCCAGGACGGUUCUGAUCCUGCCGCAGUGAUUGAGAGCUUGGAACCAUUGCUAGAAUCUCUCGACACUACUCGAAGUCCCAGUGUUGACCGCAUGUCCGAUGGAGACGAAGCUCCUCCAGCGAAUGUCCCGCUUGACCUUGUCCGAUUUCUCGCAGCAAGUCCAAUAUCAGUGCGCCUGAUGCUUUGGCAGCGGUUGCGCGAUGCAUACGUCAAGAUCGAAUACAAUCCAAUGGUCGUCUGUUGCUACCUGCGCAUGGUGGGAGUGGUUUUGGAGGAGAUCAAAACGUCCGAAAUUGUCGCUCUGGACCCCUCGGAGAGGCUCAUCACCAUACUCAAAAGUCUUCGGUUGAUAUCGGAAUGGGUCAAAAGACUGUUCGACAUCUUUCAAAAGGGGAAGGACUCUCUGCAAUGCAUGGAUGACGACUACAUCAGGUUCGCUGUUAGCAAUUUCGGAGAGCUGCUCCAGCUCCUGCAAGUCAUCAAUGUCGCAUACGACCCCAUGCGUGUUAGGCUGCCUGGGGCAUCAAUGCCACUGGCCCAGAAUGGCAUGCCACUCCAGUCUUUCAAAUCAGUUCUGAAAUUAUCGCACGAGACGCAAACCCGUAUAUGGAUCAUGCUUUAUGCCCUCUUACAAGAGGCCAUGUCGCAGAAUCCCGACGUCUUUCCCAGUCCUACAGAGGACCGUUUCGAGUUCCUCCGUGUUGUACACCGCAACUUGGGCAUUCGCGAGAUCUGCUCAUGUCUGAACAGGACUUUUGUGCGCUUGCUCAGGGACGAAUUCUUUUCGAUGACGCAUGUCGAGGGCUACGACAGCGAGCAAGCGCAAGUCCUGUAUGACCUUUACGGUCUCAAGUGUUUCUUGAACCCAGAUUAUGAGCUUAUUGAACACGAGUGUAUACGAGACGCGUUCAUCGACCGCGGUGUUGCUCUACAGACCGUGGAUUUGCUUCUUGCUCAAGCAAGCAAGCUGACAAUCAAAGACUUGGUCAAGCAUCCUCUCAAGGAUGCAAUUGAAAGGAUACACAGCGCACUUUCAAGGAAGAGGCCGAGCGAGGGUAUUCUUCGCAACCGAGAGAUCAUACAAAAGUUCCUGAAGUCGCACAUUCAACCACUGGACCUGUUCUCUUGCCUGAAAGGAGAAGGUAACCACCUUGCUGUCACUCAAGUGCCCGAAGGAGACGCCGUUCUAGCUUCGAAAGGUUGGUUCUUCUUGAUGGGACACAUGUCGCUCACAAAAUUUCGUACUCAGAAACGCACCGGACCGACCCCGAUCGAGGAUGUCGACAUUGCCAUUGCAUUCUUCAUGCAGGACCUCGAAUUUACCAUGGAUCACUGGGAGACGUGGUUUCGCAUCGCUCAAGCAUACGACACAAAGAUUGAAGAAAUCGUGGUCUGGUCGGCCGAAAAGCUCAACAAUUCCAUGCAAGACGUAGUGGUGCUGCAGAAAUAUGCCAUCCACUGCUUCGCUAUGGCUACUGCGUUAGCGUAUCGCUCGGCUGAUAUUGGGCAGGAGACAUGCAACAAGAUGACAGAAUUAUAUCACGAUUUUGCUUUGCGGCUGUACGCUUCAUCUCGAGAGCCCUUCUCGAUGAAGGCAUUCGCGAUUGAUGAUGAGAACAUAUUCAUCAGCAAUCACACAGGUGUGCAUAAGUCGACCUCGUAUCAAGCUGUUCGCGUCUAUACCGUUUGGAAGCUGGCCAGUGUACUCUUCAAAAGGGCGUUAAAUGGGCGCCCGGAUCAGUGGCAAAUCCAUUACAUGGUUGGCAAAUGUGUAUGGAAGAUGCACAACGCCGACGAGCGUACCAGGGGUCGCGAUACACCGCCGACAGCCGCUCAGGUUGUCGAGCCAUUCGUCAAGGCACUUGAGCUUCUGCCCGAGAAGGACAAGAAAGAGAGCAAGGACUCUAAGCGCGAGCCUACGCUGGAGCCACACUAUAAGCUUGUUUCUAUCGUGGACAAGCUUUGGCGCAAGAAGACUCUCGAUCGCGCCAGCUUGAAGGAAGCUAUCGAGCAUUCACAUUACGCUCGCAAGGAAAGCUUCCCCGAGGAUCCGGCAGACUGGAGGCCGUAUCUUCUUGCUGUGCUGAAAAGUCUACGUACUGCAGACAAGUCAAAUUGGUACCACCGCAUCAUUGCCAAACAUGCCCAGAUCGUCUACGAUGAGGACGCAUCAUCGGAAGAAGUCAACUUACAUGAGCCGAACGCCUCUGCCCUGGCUGCAAAGGAAGUUCUGACCGCGCAGAUGUUUACCAAAACAAUGGUACUACAAGUCUGGCGUCCAGAGAACGAGAGAGCUGGCCGACACUUUGUCUACACUGCUCGAUAUACGCGAUUCAUCGUCAACAUCUUCAAGCAGUUAAAGGAUCGCGCUGGUCUAGAAAUGCUUGCACGGAGGGUUCGGAGACGCCCGCAUGACCUCUUCGAGCACGGCAAUGUGUGGCAGGACAUCUGCACUGCCUAUCUGUACCUUAUGCGCACACAUGCCGACUUGUCGGAAGGGCUCGAGACCGCUUGUUUCAGUAACAUCGCCCAUGAGGAAUUCAUAGCAAGAAAAGGUCCUCUCGAGAGUUGGAUGCAGGAAACUCCAACUGGCAGUUCUCCAGCGUUGGAUGUCCUCCGCGAAGUGCAGGAGCUGAAGAAGAUCAAUCAAGGUCUGAUGAAGCCCGGCGCGAUUGAUGACCUGAUUGGCGAUUCGUACGCGCAACUGUUCAGCACGAUUGGCAAGCAGCUCUGGGAAGCGGAAGAGAGACAACGGAGAGAAGAGGAGGCCCAUCGCUUGGCGGAUGCUACUCCUGCGGUGACCAGCCCUGCACGAAAUCCUACCAUGAGCCUCUCUCACCUCAUGAACGUCGAUGGUGCUGCGGACCUUGCUUCUGUAUCAGCUCCAGCGGCCGCUUCUGCUGAACCUGAUCUUGCACCGGUACGUCGAAAGGUUGGCGUAGGCAGACGAGAAAUCCGAACUGCGGCCGAAGCGUGCUUGUUGAAGGCUGCCGCCAAUCCCACCAAAGACAAAGCCACCGCCAACAACAGCCUUGGCUUUCCCGUGGUGGUGCCGAAGAGCACUACUGCGGUACAGACGUUGAUCGAAGAGGACAGACGAUCCAGCCUCCCUGGCGGCACAUCUGUCGACAUCAGCGCGCCUGGAAGUGUACAUGAUGACGCAGACGAUGAAAGUGAGCUCAGCGACCUGGAAGAGGAGCAGCUCGACGAUGGCGAGGGAAAGCAUGGUGAUUUGGAGCCUUUGCACAGGUCAUGCUCGUUGCCAGAGAUGAUGGAUGAAGAUCAUGUUGCGGGCGAGGACGAAGAGGAAGGAGCUAAUGAUGUGGAGAUGGAAGACGAGGUGAACUAG